UACGACACAGAGAACGGGAUAUCCGUGGCAGAGCAAGGUGUUCCAAAGUUCGCCGGUCCAAAUCAAAUUGAAUCGGUACGAGGGCAAUUCAGUUACACCGCGCCGGAUGGCACGCCGAUUUUGGUUACUUACACGGCUGACGAGAAUGGCUUUCAACCAACCGGUGCACAUUUACCAACGCCGCCGCCGAUACCAGUAGCGAUACAACGUGCUUUGGCGCACAACGCGGCUCACCCUGAGGAAGAGGAUCCCUAUAGAAGAUAC